GGCCAAGAUUUGCGUACCUAUAUAAAUUAGAGCUUUCCUCAAUCUGCAAUUGAAUCCGAACGCUAAAAAACCCUAGAGCGCAGUCUCUCUCUCUCGUUCAUUUUCCCUCAGCCGCAACUCUUUCCUUGCUACCAUGAAGUUCAAUAUCGCCAACCCUACUACAGGGUGCCAGAAGAAGCUCGAGAUCGACGACGACCAGAAACUCCGAGCUUUCUAUGACAAGAGGAUCUCUCAGGAAGUCAAUGGAGAUGCUCUCGGAGAGGAAUUCAAAGGAUACGUUUUCAAAAUCAUGGGAGGAUGUGACAAGCAAGGUUUCCCCAUGAAACAGGGUGUGCUUACUCCUGGAAGAGUUCGCCUGUUGCUCCACCGAGGAACAUCUUGCUUCCGUGGUCACGGAAGACGUGAUGGUGAGCGUCGUAGAAAGUCAGUGCGUGGGUGCAUUGUGAGCCAGGAUUUGUCUGUGUUGAACUUGGUUAUCGUUAAGAAGGGUGAUAACGAUCUUCCCGGUCUCACUGACACUGAAAAGCCAAGGAUGAGGGGACCAAAGAGAGCGUCCAAGAUCCGAAAGCUUUUCAACCUAUCCAAGGAGGAUGAUGUUCGCAAGUAUGUCAACACAUACCGAAGGGAGUUCACCAACAAGAAAGGCAAGAAGGUUAGCAAGGCUCCUAAGAUCCAGCGUCUUGUUACUCCAUUGACCCUCCAAAGGAAGCGCAGAAGAAUCGCACUGAAGAAGAAGAGGAUCUCUAAGGCCAAGUCUGAUGCUGCUGAGUACCAAAAGCUCCUUGCAUCAAGGUUGAAGGAGCAGAGGGAGAGUAGAAGUGAGAGUUUGGCCAAGAGGAGGUCCAAGAUUUCUGGUGUUACCAAGCGACCAUCUGAAGCUGCUUAAGUUGUUGCCUUUUUGUUGGUUUAGUCUUUGUCAUGAGAUAAUUCAAAAUCUAGCAUCAUCUUUUUUGAAUUAGGAGAGUAACAUUCUUGUCGAUGUUUGUUUUUCUGUAGUUGUUGCUCAAAUACUUUGCGUCUCUUGGACAGUGUAAUAUGAUUUCUAUAUGAAUUGCCAUUUCUAUCUAGUUUGCCUGA